AUGGCGAGGGUUGCGGACACUGCAGGGCCCCUCCUUCCGCAGCUGCUGGCGGAGAAUGCCCGCCUCAAGGCAAAGGUUGGCGUCCCCGAGAGUGAGAGGGUGCUGCAGCACGUGCUGCAGGACCAACUGCGGCGCUUCUUCGAUGAUGCGCGGCGCACGCUGGAGGACGCCAUGUCGCAGGCCGUUGUGCUGGGGAGUGGCAGCGCCGAGGGGGUGGCGGAGGCGGAGGCGGGCAAAGGCGGGACGCAGCGUGUCUCGGCUCUUGUGGAGGCACUGCGGGUGCUGGGCGAGCAGAACGAGGGAAUGCUUCGGCAGAUGAGCGAGAUGCAGACAGGGUGCGUGGCGGAGCUUAACGGCAAGGUGGAGGCGCUGGCGAGGGAGCGCGACGCGCUGCGCCAACGGGUGCUGCAGCUGGAGGAGGAAGCGGCGGGGGCGGAUGAGCAGCCGUCGUCGCUCUUGACGGAGCUGCGCCACCUGCGUGCGUCGGACACCCUGCUUCGGCAGCAGGUCGAGGCGCUGCGGCAACGGACUGAGGCGGCGACCUCGGAGGCCAACAAACUCGUCACGGACGGCCUGCAUGGCGCACUAAAACUGCCGCGCCUGCUUGAGCAGCUGGAGGAGAUGCGGACGCGGCUGCACCAGGCGGAGGCCGAGCGGGAGUUGUUCCGCCUGCAGCUGGAGGAGUCGCAGGGGCGAAGCGGGUUGCGGCACGCAUUACGGGAGGCGCAACUGGCGGAUGAGGUGGCGUUGGGCCAGUCCACGGUCCGCGAACUCCGCACGCGUGUGGCAGCACUGGAGGCGCGUGAGAAGGCAGCAGAGGUGCACAAAGCGACCAUCGCGCAGCUGGAGGCCACCGUGCAGGCGCUGCAGGCGAGACACGCCGCACCCGAUGAGGCACCGGUGUCGAAGCGGCGGCGCCUCGAGACCGAGAACAGCGACGACCCCGACUCCGUCCGCCGCGAGUUCAUCACGUUUUGGUACGAGGGACGUGAGGAGUUGCGGCGGCUGCGCGAGAAGGAGCGAGUUCUGCGCAGUACGCAGGAGAAGCUGACGCAGAUGGAGCGCACUCGCUCCACUGUGACGCGCAAGCUCGUCACCCUCGCCGACGAGAUUGGCCGCGUGCGGGAGGAAAAUCAGUCGCUGCGGGCGCAGUGUGUGGGGCUCGAGGUGGAGCGUGACUACCUACGUGGUAGCCUUGCUUCCGUCAUUUCCCACCAUAUGCAAGAGGAGGAGCUGCGGCAGUGCAGCGCAGCAAUCCGAGACGCCGCCGUGAAGGCAGCCGCGGUGAGUUUAAGUGUGGUGGCGGACCCGCAGGCCAUCCAGCAGGCAUUGCGGCAGUCGCAGGAGCUCAAAAAUGAGGUGGCGCAGCUUUCAAAACAACGGGAGAAGCUGCACCGCUACAUUGCACUGCAAGAGGAGCGCAUCACCGCACUCAUCACACACGGAGCCGUGCUGGAGAGUGAGGGGGCCCAGGCACAUAUUACGACCACUGGUGGUGGUGAUGGUGGAAGCUCUAUGGUGCAGACAGUGCACAGGGCGGAGAUGCAGGCGCUCGAUGUGUUAGCAGGGCUGGGUGAGGAGGCAAGCGCCCACACGGAGGGUGGGAUGCGGCGGCAGGCGACGUUUCUCAGCAUGCAGCAGCGCAUUGAAGUGUGUGAACGGCAACUCGUGGCACACCAGCAGCAGCUGUCGGAUGUCAGCGGGGAGCGCGAUGAUGCGAGGCAUCAGCUUGAUGCAAUGCAGGCUGAAAUGCGUUCCACGCUUGCCGCACGUGAGGCUGCCAUGUCGGAGCUGCUGAACAGUAAUGCGACACUGAUGCACUCUACAGAGACGCUGCGGUCAGAGAAUCAACAGGUGCGUGCAUCCUACGAGGCCUCAGUCAUGUUUUCGCAGGAGCUUUUAACGGCGUUGGUUGGGUUGCUGGAGGUGCUUCGCGCCGAGAUGAGUUUUGUCGCCUCCCUCAACACCAUGCUGACUGCGGAGCGUUCGGAGCUCGUGGAGCUCACACGCCGCAGCGCCGAGGCCUGGAAUGCACACGAGGGUGAAGUUCAGGAAGUGGUGGAAGCUGUGGAGCGCAUGUGCGGCUACAUUCUUCAGGCGGUGGAGCAGCAGCAGCGCACCCACGCCCUGCAGGAGACGGCACACCUGCUUCACCUAACGGAAGCGCUCAAGCGGCAGGAAAAGCAAGUGACAGAGACGCAAGCGACGUUUACGCAGGCAUGUCGGGAGCUGGCCGAGGGUCUCGCGCAGCGCAUCACCGCCGCGCAGCAUAGCGCAGAUGUCCUCUGGAAGAAGCGCACGAUGACACUCUUAGAGGAGAGGCAACAUCUGCAGGCGCAACUGGGUGCCGAGAAGGAACUGCUAGCGAGGAUAGAGCGGUCGCUUGUGGUUCCCCCGACUUCCUCUGCCUCUUCAACUGGGGCAUCAGGAACAAAAACAACAACAACAACCCCCAGCAGCAUGACGGCACCCAGCGCGGCGGCUGACGAGUCGCGUGGCUCGCGGGACCACGUGUUGGAGGCGAUCAACCAGUUCCUGGCGUUGUCCUCGCCGCAUGUCACCGCGGCAGUUGAAACAGAGGAGGAGCACGAAGAGCCCGCGGAGGGGGAGGAGCAGGGAGAUGGAGAGCUGUUGCAUGACUUGCCAGUGGCGGCUGCCGCCACCACGGAGAGCACGGGCGCGCCGCAGGGAGCCGAGGAAGACGAAGUGGGUGAAAAGCUGCAGGUGGAGGAAGCGGAGAGAGAAGAAGCUGCGGAUGCCACGCAGCCCGCAUAA